UGAUGGCUUUUUGUUGUUGUUGUUGUGGUUGUUCUGCACGCCUGGGUCUGUGUGUGGAGGGGGGAGUCAGGGGUUCAUGCCUAUUCGCGUGGCCUGUUUGUUCCUGUUUUUCCUCCACCUGAAGAGGCCGUGUCAGUGAGUUAUUCAGCUGUGCAGAAAUGAAGGGAUGAUAUUCAUAUGACAGUCCGGUCACUGGUAGAGAGCGCAGUUCAUGAGCAGCACUUCCUAUUUAAAGGCCGUGUCAGAUCUGAUGAGUGCACUGCCCGCCAGCUCGGAGAUGCAGACUUCCACUCUCCCCCAGUUCAUCGCGGGGCCCCAGGGUAAGGUGCCCGGGCGGAAGAGAGGGCGGCCUCCUAUACGUAAGCUGGAGUUCCAGAGUCACUACGCCGAGCCUCUGUCACCUCUCAAGGUGCCGAAGAAGAGAGGCAGGAAACCAGGCUUUAAGUUGAAGCCUAGGAUGGUGAUGUCCCCACUAGCCAACUCUCCUCCUGGCAGCACACCAGAACCUGAGAUGAGCUCGAUCCCACAGGAUGCUGCUAUCGUCCCCCACUCUGCCACACCACAGGUCCUCACAGCAGAUACUCCAAUGCCUGACGAUUUCUUAUGUGACCCUCCGGUGGACUCCAAGCGUUACGCCGUGGAUCCCAGUGACUCCGCUUUCAACGUCAUGACGUCACAGUACCAAACUAAGCACUCCUACGGUUACCGUGGCAGCAGCUGCUCUACUCCAGUCGGUGUGUGCAGACAAGCAUCGAGCCCAGGAAGUUUCCAGGAGGGGAAUAGAAAUGGCUACAGCCCAAUGCCAGACGCUGGAGAAUGCAAGCGUCCUGCUGGUAAGGACCCGUCCAGCUGGGGUGUAGAGGACGUGGUUUGGUUCAUCAAAGACGCCGACCCCCAAGCUCUGGGACCCCACAUUGAUGCAUUCAGGAAGCAUGAAAUAGACGGCGACGCCCUGCUGCUGCUGAAAAGCGAGAUGAUGAUGAAGUAUCUGGGACUGAAGCUGGGACCCGCGCUCAAACUCUGUUACCACAUCGACAGGCUCAGACAGAAUCGUUUGUAAUCUGCUGCAAAGGAGCCAAAGCCUUUGGACGGAAAUGAACCAGUGCUGAUAUUCUCGUGCUUCUGAAACCAUCAGCAAUACAUCGUGAACAUCUUUUGAUCCAGAGUGCUUAUGUGGUGGCUUUCACUCCAUCCGCACCACGUGUUUUUUGACAAACUGGACAUUUUGACCCAACAUAUUUCAUUUUUGUCUUUGUUCACUGGACACCUGAAUGGCUUUACAUUGUAAAUAGUUUGGCUCCACACAGAUGGCAGCUACUGUAUAUUGACUUGUUAUAACUGUGUGUGACUGUCAGCAUUAUUUUGUGCAAAUCCUAAUAAUGGACUUUAUCCACACCUCUGGAGCCCUACAGACAAGGAUAUUAACAAACUUGUAUGGUGCUUUACCUCAGUCUCAAGUUUAAGUUUAAAAUGUCUGCACUUUUAAGAUCAUAGCAUUUGUUGUAAACUGCCAUGUUUAUCCAGGGUUUACUUGGUGACACAAGCUGUAACUAAUAACCAAACUCUCAAGCUCUUGAUUUUGAAUUCUGUGACCAGCAUUCUUGGUGUGACUUUCACAAGAUUUCACUUUUUUUUUUUUUUUUUUUUUUUUUUUUUUUAAAUACAAGAGCGUAAAAGAAAAGGAAAAGCACACCAACAAUGUGCCAUUGUUAUCUGGUCCUUCUAUUAAAAAAAAAAAAGAAAAAGAAAAAUGCAUGCAUAAUCUUUUUACGUAAUACUGAAACUCACAGUCAUUUAAUUUUUUUUUUAAAACCACAACUCGAUAGUGAAGCAAUAAGAUGUUUCACCAGUCUGAGGUGCUGCUCGUAAUGACAGGAAGGAAAGGAGUCACUUUGCAAAACUGUCUGCUUCCCUUGAGGUUGCAAAAUGGUGCAAGAAAUAACAAAAUCUGUCAAGCUCAUACAACUUGGUGCUCACUGAAACAGUCUCACACCACAUUACGAGCACGACAAUACACAACAGUGGAAUCACUGUGCUCAUACACUUCAUGUUUGUCUCUUCCUACAGUUUACUUACUCCACAUACAUUACCUCUCGUUGUUUUCAUCAUAAAGCAGUAUUUCAUCUCCAAGUUGUAAGAAGUGAAAAACUGUUUUAACUAACGCAUUUCUUGAGCAUUAAUAAUUAAUUAUGGCAUUGCAGUGGCCUCUUUCAGAAUCAGGGCAAUGCAGCUGCCAAAUACAGUUUUGUCACAUAAUGGACAAACAACUUGUGAACAGUCACAUGCAGUAUGUGAAUAUGUUGUGGUUAAAUGAAAUGUUUUUUUUUUCCCUCUAUUGUUGUACAUUACUUGCUUCUCACGUUUGUGUUCUAUGAUUUUUGCUUAAAUUUGUGCCUAAACCAGAUUUAUGUGAAGUACAGCAUGUAUGUAUCUGCAUUUCAUUAGUGUCCUCAGUCUGAGUGAGUUUUGCUUUUCCAGUCCAACAGCUUGAUUGGAAAAAUUUCCAAGACUGAGACACGACACGACACGAGCUGGUUUAACGAAUUAGUACAUUUCCAGGUGUUAUUGCAUUUUCCAAUUGGUGGCAUACAUUAAACCCAUUUUGACUAAAAUAAAGUUUUUUUUAAAAUUA